AUGGCUCUGCGGUCCAGGACGGGAUUUUACCGGCAGGAGGUCAACAGAACCGCGUGGGAAGUCCCAGAACGGUACCGAGACCUGAGGCAGGUUGGGACCGGAGCCUACGGGACAGUUUGUUCAGCGUGGGACCGGCGCACAGGGACACAGGUGGCCAUCAAAAAGCUGCACCGUCCCUUCCAGUCCAAACUCUUUGCCAAAAGAGCUUACAGAGAACUUCGACUCCUCAAACACAUGAAGCAUGAGAAUGUGAUCGGACUUCUGGAUGUUUUCACAGCCGAAAUUUCCCUGGACCGCCUUCGAGACUUCUACCUGGUCAUGCCCUUCAUGGGUACGGACCUGGGCAAGCUGAUGAAGCUGGAGAGGCUCUCGGAGGACCGAGUCCAGUUCCUGGUCUACCAGAUGAUGAAAGGACUGAAGUACAUCCACUCUGCAGGGAUCAUCCACAGGGAUCUAAAACCAGGGAAUCUGGCCAUCAACCAGGACUGUGAAUUAAAGAUUCUGGACUUUGGCCUGGCCAGGCAGGCGGACGCGGAGAUGACGGGCUACGUGGUGACCCGCUGGUACCGAGCCCCCGAGGUCAUUCUCAACUGGAUGCACUACACUCAGACAGGUUGGAAGACUUCCUGCACACUGGACAUCUGGUCUGCUGGCUGCAUCAUGGCAGAGAUGCUGCUGGCCAAGCCGCUCUUUAAAGGCAACGAUCACUUGGACCAGCUGCGAGAAAUCAUGAAGAUCACAGGAACGCCUGCUGCUGACUUUGUGGUGAAGCUGCAAAGCCAAGAUGCCAAAAACUACCUCAGAGGUUUGCCCAAAGUGCCCAAAAAAGAUUUGCACUCCAUUUUCUCCAAAGCUAGCACAAAUGCGGUGUGCGUGCUGGAGAAGAUGCUCCUCCUGGACCCGGAGGAGAGGGCGAGCGCCUCGGAGGCCCUGGACCUGCCGUUCUUCACAGACUUCCGCGACACGGAAGAGGAGACCGAGGCGCAGCCGUACGACCAAACCAUGGACAACACCGACCUGACGCUGGAGCAGUGGAAACGGCACACCGUCACCGAGGUACUGACCUUCAGGCCGCCCAAGGACUCCAGAGAGACCACGCUCUGA